GUGCAGCAGCAGGGCCACUGAUUGCAUGUUUCGUGCAGCCCAGUGACAGUGACCACAGGGGUGUCAUCUAGCUCUGGGUCUACGGCGGAAUGAUGGAGGACCAGGAGGAUGAGACCUGCAGCAUUUACCCAGCCAUGCUGCCCAUCGGCAGUGAGAUCCAGGCUCGGCUUCAGCGGUUUGUGGAGGAGGGACUACACACCUCUGUGCUGACGGGUGUUUUGAUUGGCGUGGCGGUGGGCCUAUCCGUCAUCGGCUUUGUUCUGCUCAUCAUCUACAGGAGACACAAGCUGGCCAAAGAUCAGCAGCCAAACGUUCCCCAUUAUCGCUUCCGGAAAAGAGACAAGAUGCUCUUCUAUGGCAGGAAGAUAAUGAGAAAGGUACAGACCUUAUCUUCUGCCUCUCCUAACUUGAGCUCAGCAUCGCGGCAGAGGCUCCGAAAGAGAGCAAAAGUCAUGUCUAUAGCCCACCAGAUCUUGCGGAUACGGAGAGAGCCCCCCAGCCUGGAGCCCAAGGAGCCCCCCUCCUCGCUGUUGGAGGCCGACCUGACAGAGUUUGAUGUCCAGAACUCCCGCUUGCCCUUGGAGGUGCUCUACAUGCUGAAGAACGUGAGGGUGCUGGGCCACUUCGAGAAGCCAGUCUUCCUGGAGUUGUGCCGCCACAUGGUGUUUGUGGAGCUACAGGAGAGCGAGAACCUCUUCCAACCCGGCGAGACGGACGACAGCAUCUACGUGGUUCAAGAUGGCCGCCUGGAGCUCUGCAUCCGUGAGAAUGACGGCACAGACGUGGUGGUGAAGGAGGUGCUCCCUGGAGACAGCGUCCAUAGCCUGCUCAGCGUUCUGGACGUCAUCACCGGCUACGUUGCCCCGUAUAAGACGGUGUCGGCCCGGGCUGCAUCACGCUGCACGGUGCUCCGCCUGCCAGUGACCGCCUUCCAGGCUGUCUUUGAGAAGUACCCGGACACCCUUAUACGCGUAAUUCAGAUCAUCAUGGUGCGUCUCCAGAGGGUCACCUUCCUGGCUCUGCACAACUACCUGGGCCUGACCAGCGAGCUCUUCAACCCGGAGAGCCAGGCCGUCCCACUGGUGUCAGUAGCCACCGUUAUGGGGGAGGGCAGCCCUGCCAGGGCCUUCCGGAGACAGCCAGCAGCUCCUGGCGCUGAUGUCAGCAUGGUGUGCGAGCGAGCCGAUGCCCCUCUCGAGGAUGUGCCCUCCAGCCCCAUACACAGGUCCAUCCUGAAAAAGAGCAUAAACAUGCAGCACACCCCUGCUUCCCUGUUCCACUACGCUGACACCAGGGGGCAGCGUGAGCACAUCUUCCAUCACAGCAGAAUUAACGCCAUCUUCCAGGCAGCGAAGAAGGACCUCCUUAACUUCUUACAGCUGAGAGAUGCCAGUGUCCUGGAGGGCCGUGUGGACCUGCGUCACGUCAAGUCGGGCUCUGUGCUGGCAAAGCAGGGUGACCAGGACAUGAGCGUGCAGUUCGUGAUCUCGGGCCUGCUGCACGUCUACCAGCGCGUCAUCGACCGCGACGAGGACACGUGCCUGUUUGUGGCGCACCCUGGCGAGAUGGUGGGCCAGCUGGCGGUGCUGACGGGGGAGCCGCUUAUCUUCAGCGUGAGGGCGCAACGGGACUGCAGCUUCCUGUCCAUCACCAAGGCCAACUUCUACCACAUCAUGAGAGCCGAGCCUGGCGUGGUCCUGACCAUGGCCCACUCCGUGGUGCAGAGGGUCUCCCCGUUCGUCCGGCAGAUCGACUUUGCGCUGGAUUGGAUGGCGGUAGAGGCUGGACGCGCCCUCUACAGGCAGGAUGAUAAGUCCAAUUGCACCUUCAUUGUCCUGAGCGGCCGCCUGCGCUCUGUCAUCAUGAAGGAGAGCGGCAAGAAGGAGCUGAUUGGGGAGUACGGGCGAGGAGACCUCAUCGGCGUGGUGAGAGCCGGCACCCAAGGCAUGGCUGCAAACACAGACAGGUGGCGUCCCAGGCAGGCUGCCCCCCCCUCCCCCCAACCACUCCUCGAUUUUACUUUGCCACGAUGGUGGGGGGUUUGCCCCAGUGGUUUGCUAAUUCGUUGCCCCAUGGGCAAUUUCCUUUUAUGCCCUUUCCAGCACAUGCCCACGCCUCAUGGCUUGGCCCUGCACCCCCCCCUCAGCCAGUGGGACACAGUGAACCCAGCCUCAAACCUGUGCACUGUGUCCGUCCUGCCUGUGUCAGAGGAUGUGCCACUUGCCGCCUUCUCGCUGGAGCUGCAGCACGCCCUGGGGGCCAUCGGUCCCACCCUGCUGCUCACCAGUGACAUCAUAAUGCAGCGCCUGGGGACCACUGCCCUCGACAGUGCGCACGAGUAUCGCCUCUCCAGCUGGCUGGGUCACCAGGAGGACAUUCACCGCAUCGUACUCUACCAGUCUGAUGGCUCCCUUACCGCCUGGACCCAGCGCUGCAUCCGACAAGCCGACUGCAUCGUCAUCGUGGGGCUGGGGGAACAGGAGCCCAUGGUUGGGGAGCUGGAGCGCAUGCUGGAGGGAAGCGCCGUCAGGGCCCAGAAACACUUGGUCCUGCUGCACCGUGAGGACGGGCCGCCCCCCCAGGGCACAGCAGACUGGCUGAACAUGCGCAGCUGGAUCUCCAGACACCUACACCUGUCCUGCCCUCGGAGGCUGUUCUCCAGGAGAAGUCUGCCCAAGCUGAGAGAGAUGUAUCAGCGGCUGUCCCAGAAGCCACCCGAUCAACACUCCGACUUCUCUCGCCUUGCCCGAGUCCUCACUGGCAACGGCAUCGCCCUGGUGUUUGGGGGCGGUGGAGCCAGGGGCUGCUCCCACGUGGGGGUGCUGCGGGCACUUACGGAAGCCGGCAUCCCCGUGGACAUGGUGGGCGGCACUUCUGUGGGUUCUCUCAUGGGGGCGCUGUAUGCAGAGGACAGGAGCAGCAACCGGAUGAGGCUGCGGGCCCGUGAGUGGGCCAUGGAGAUGACAUCGGUGUUUAAGAAGGUUCUGGACCUGACCUACCCUGUUACAUCCAUGUUCUCUGGGGCUGCCUUCAACUCCAGCAUCAGCUCCGUCUUGAAGGACAAGCAGAUUGAGGACCUGUGGAUCCCAUAUUUCAACAUCACCACUGACAUCACAGCCUCCUCCAUGAGGGUGCACACAGAUGGGUCUUUGUGGAGGUACAUCCGUGCCAGCAUGUCACUUUCGGGAUACCUGCCCCCCCUCUGUGACCCUAAAGAUGGACAUCUGCUCAUGGACGGGGGCUACAUCAACAACCUGCCCGCGGAUGUGGCGCGCUCCAUGGGAUCCAAGGUGGUGAUUGCCGUUGACGUGGGCAACCAGGACGAAACCCACCUGACCAAUUAUGGCGACUCCCUGUCAGGGUGGUGGUUACUGUGGAAACGGCUCAACCCCAUGGCAGAGAAAGUGAAGGUGCUGGACAUGGCGGAGAUCCAGACGCGGCUGGCCUAUGUGUGCUGCGUGCAGCAUCUGGAGGCCAUGAAGAGCAGCGAGUACUGCGAGUACAUCCGGCCGCCCAUUGACCGCUACGGCACGCUGGAGUUUGGCAAGUUCGACGAGAUUGCUGAGGUGGGCUACCAGCACGGGAAGACAGUGUUCGACGUGUGGCGGCGAAGCGGCGUGGUGGACAGCAUGCUUAAAGACAGGCACCAGGAGUACCACAGGACCAAGAGCAACCAUGUGCUCACGUGCCCCAACGCAUCCUUCACAGACCUUGCGGAAAUCGUGUCCCGAAUCGAGCCAGUCAGACAUGCUUAUGUGGAAGAGGAGUCGGACUACCAGACAGACUAUGACGAGGAGGCCAUGGAGAGUGCUCUCUCUGACAUGGACACGUCCGCUCAGCUCGGAGAAAUCACCGAGGAGGAGACGGCCAACACGGAUGAAGAAAUGGAAAUGAGAUGAAGGGAUCAGGGCCCCACACCUCGCUGAGGAUCUCAGCUCUCGAUCGGCCCUCACACCCUCCCCACAGGAGGCUGGGGGGUGUCGCUUAUUUUUUAAAAUAUAUUUUAGAAUGAAAAUAGAUGCAUCAGUGCACAACAACAAAGACGCAUCAAAGGAAUGUUACAGAAACAGUAUAUAAAGUAAAAAUAACCAUUAUACUGUUGUACAAUAAAAAAAAAACAAUAACACUAAACAAUAAAUAAUCCAACGCCAGGAUUCAUAAUAAAAAAUAAGUUGAGAGUUUGUGUGUAAAUAAAGAGUCAAGUGUGAAACAACCCAAGGUAGCAGUAGGAACAGUUUUGGAGAAAAAGCUGUUUUUCAGCCUUGAGCUCCAUGACUUCAGGGUUUGCCGGGUGGUAGGGAGGCUGACAGCUGGUGUCCGGGGUGUGGGAUCCCGCCUGAUGCCCUGGGCCCCCCAGGUCAGGUAGAGCUCUCCCAGGUCUGCAAGCUCUUCACCGAUGAGCAGCCACUAAGAGCAGACGGACGCUUAAUGAUCUUGAGUCUGAAGUAAGAGGCUGAUAUUACAGGGAUGUAUUAUGAGAUUAGUAAUGGAUGGAUUAAAUACAAUAGACAUCAAAACAAUGACUGGAUUAAACUAAUCUACCUGGUAAUAUACUGCAUUGAUUUGUCAACAGUUACUAAUUGCUAAACUCAGCAGCAAAAUGUAUCAGAAAAGACCAUUUUUUCCCAGAUUUCAGCUUGAAAUAUGCACAGGCAGCUUCAAAUAUGGUACACUGGCCACACUCAGAGCUGGGGGCGAAUUUCGGAGACACGGCAGUCAUGCAGCUCUGAGACGGUACCUGGGAUCAGAGUGGGUGGCUGAUGGAGCUGCCCAAAGCUCAGUGAAAAUGGUGCUAAGCACGAGUCUCAUCUGGAUUUGCUCUUUGAAUAGCGUGAAAAGGCUUUUUUCCUUAUGCAUGUAUAUAACUUUUUAGAGUAUCUGUUUCUAUAGUUGCCGAUGGUACCUCACUGUUCAUACAGAUUGGCCGCUUGCCGAUUAUUGGUGCUUCCGUUUUACUGCAGUCACACAUUCACGUUUAUUAAUGCUCUGAGACAGAGCCGCAUCCCAUCUGGGGUGUUGCCCGGCCGCACCCUGCGCUCUCUGGGGUUGGUCCAAAGGCAUCACCACAGCACUGACCAGGAGGUCAUUUCAGAUCAUGUUCAUUCUCGCCUUUCCAAAGGUAACUAAAAGAAACCAUCUCUCUCCCUGGCAUUUGAGGAAGCAGCCCUUUCUCCAGAUAGUCAGCCUGUAGAUCAUCUGCCCCAUUCUGCUGUGUGCCACCUUUUACGUCUGAAAUAUCAGAGGUGUCUAAGAAAUGCAGCAGAGAGUGGAAUAUCCAGUACGGUUUACCAUUUAAACCUUGGAUUCCAUUGGAUUGUAUUUGCAUACCUUGGAUUACUACAGACAAAUGACGAUGCCACAAAGCUACUGUAUCAUCGAUAAAUUAAAAAAUAUUUUGUGCA